GUCCUCUUCAGUUUAAAGCUGAGCUGAUUUUUCAGGUGCUUCAUUUCUCAUCAUGAGCUAAGGUCAUGAUGUGGUUCUUCCUCCUCCUCCUCUUUCUUGCUCACCUGGGGCCGGUGAACCUACAAGGUGAACCAAAGUGGCUGAUUAUAAAGGAUGACAAAGAGCCAUGUAAGGGCCAUGUCGAAAUCUACUACAAGAAGACUUGGGGCUACGUUGGGAACAACAACUGGAACGAAAACGCUGAGAAGGUGGUGUGCAAGAGCACCCACUGUGGGACCAGGGUGAACUCCACGGGCUAUGGGCUUCGGCCCUUGGACGGCAAAGUUUGGCUUGAUGAUGUGAAGUGCAAAGGAAACGAGAAGCAACUGUGGGACUGCGGCGAGCCUGAGUGGGACAUCAGCCACCAGAGGGAUGACACUUUUAGAACCUUUGAAUGCUCCAAUAAAGUCAGUAUCAAACUGGAGCCGCAUAAAUGUGCAGGAGUUGUCAAGUACUCCAUUGAGGGAGGAACAUCGGGUUACUUCUGCCCUGGCACCUGGGGAAUCAAUGAAGCCAACCUUUUGUGUAAGAGCCUUGGCUGUGGCGACGCCGAGAAAAUCCCUGAGUAUCAGUGGUUUGGCUGGAAAAAACCCUCAAACUCUAAGUUCAUGACGAUCAAGUGUUUGGACACGAAGAAUUUAACAAACCUGUGGCAGUGUGCCGACCAGGAAUCAGACCGACAAUGCCAAAAACCUGCUUCUGUUAUAUGCAAAGGUUUUGAGAGAGUUCAGCUGGAUCAAACUGGAUCAAAUGUGUGCUCUGGGCGUCUGGUAAAAGAAGAUAAAGAUGGAAAGUGGACUCCUGUUAAGGACACGGAAACCAAACCUGAGACUUGGUGCGAACAGAUGCACUGUGGGAGGUCUAAUCAAACACAAGUCAGUGACAGUUCGACAGUGACAUGCUCAGCAGAUGUCCAAGUAGUUCUGAUGGACAAAAACACAGAGAGCACUUGCUAUGGCAGAGUUCACAUAAAGGUGAACGAUACCUAUUAUCCUGUGUGUGCCUCCAGUCCCUGGGCCGAGAAAGAAGCUCAAGUGGUGUGUACGGAGAAAAAGUGUGGGAAGAUGAUAGAAACAAAUAAGCAACAGCAGUCUCCUGUAGAUGGGAUCAUGGACUUUGUUACAUGCUCAGGCAGUGAGUCUUCACUUUGGCACUGUUGGGGCAAACGCGACAAAAAACCGUUCAGAUGUAACUCCUACGCCAACGUAGUUUGUGCAGGCAGCUUGGAUGUGAGACUGGAAGACGGGCCUGGGACAUGUGCAGGGAGGUUGGAGAUAAAACACAAGGGCCAAUGGCUAAGGGUCAAUGAUAAAACAUGGAAAUCACCCAAUUCUGACGUUGUUUGCAGACAUCUGAAUUGUGGGAAUGAGAGAAAACCAAUCAGUCCUGAUGUUAAAUACAGCAAGGGUUCUGGUGGUUUCCUGGAUGUUACUAUAACAUGUGCUGAUAAUGCCGAACACAUAUCAGAGUGUAAAGUCAUUAGCCCAAACCCAAACCAACCAACGUCCCAAAGAGAGCGAGAGGACGUCUGGAUAACUUGUGAGAAGCACAGGAUGGUCUUUCUGGAUAGCAAUAAUUCCUGUUCCGGCUUGGUGGGAAUAGAGCAGGGCACAGAAACCUCCUAUCUCUCAGGGUCAAACAAUACAUGGACCCAAAACGUGGCUGACACAGUGUGUCGGGAGAUGAGCUGUGGGGGGGUGUCCAGCAGAGAUUACACAUCUAAUGCUGAUGAGAAGAAAAAGGUUUGGGAUAAGGCCUACGACUGCUCAGCUAAUUCUUCAUCUUUGUUUAAAUGUAAUAGUACGACACCGUCAUCAGACCAUAACAGUUCUAUUGCCACUGUGACAUGCAAAGGAAACACCACUGUGACUCUGACUAAGGGCUGCUGGGGAAAUGUCAACAUCUGUACGGGUACACUCUGUGGCGGAGUGCGGAACGACACCUGGACUGAUAAAAAGUCUGAAAUGCUGUGUAAAAAUCUGAACUGUGGAAAAGCAAUGCUGAAUGCCAAAAUCUCAGUUCAAGAAAGCAAUGUGGCCUUUAAGAGCGUGCACACCACGAAGCACACGAGAAAACUCAGCCAGAGCAGCUUCAUCAAAGACGAAGAAAAGGACAUGGCCAUGAAACAAUACCCAGCUUUUGUUGUCUGCUCAAAGAGCAUUCAAACCAGGAUAAAUAAAACCAGAGACAAAUGUUGUGGGAAUGUGGAGGUUUUCUUUGAAGGUCAAUAUCUCCCAGUGUGCAAAGAUGCUCUGGAAAGUGGCAAAGCAAAGAACCUCAUCUGUGAGGAGCAGAAAUGUGGUCAGGCUGUGGCAGUGUAUGACUUCUUUGGACCUAAACCUAGCUCUGGUAGCAUUAAAACAAUCAACUGUGCUGAUAAUGUGAAGUCUUUGAGGGAAUGUGACAUCACAUCCGGCCCGCCCAGCUGCGAUCUUGCUGCUCUCCAGUGCUCUGGCUGCAGCAAGAUGGAGCUGAAAACUGGCACGGCCUGCAGUGGAGCUCUGUUUGUCCAUGUGGGAGAUGAAAGAAGAGCCGUCUCUGCAGAGGGCUGGACUGACACUGAGGCAAACAGGCUGUGCCAAGAUCUGAAAUGUGGUAAUAUGAGAGAAACAAAGGCAAUUAAACCUGUAGACAAAUCUUUCUGGAACACUAGCUUCAGUUGUGAUGCUGAGAGCAAACCAGAAAGUAUCUGGGCCUGUGAAAAAACAAAUAUCACACCCACACAGAAGGACCAGCUCUUCAUUACAUGUCAAGAUAAGCCGACGAUCAGCCUCUCAGAAAGCUGGGGGGGUGAAGUGCAGAUAGACGGUGUUGGUGUGUGUGACACAGGCUGGAACAAGGACUAUUCAGACUUAGUUCGCAAAGAAAUGAACCAUUGCAGAGCUGUUUGGACCAUUUCCAAAGCUCGUGUGCCAAAGGAGGAGUAUUACCAUGUCAAGUGUGAGAAGUACCACUUUAAACUUGGACAGUGCAGAAGAUUCAAGGCAAAAUGUGCCGGGAACUUGGUCUCCAUUUCCUGUUCUUUCAAGUUCAGCACCACAGAAAAAUGUGGAGGUCAGAUUCUGGUUAAUUAUCGGAGCAAGUGGGAAAAUGUGUGCCUCACAAAAGCUUUGGACCCUAAAUAUAUAAGUCAGCUGUGUGAGGGGUGUAGCAAGUCCAAUGGUACACAACCUACAACCAAGACAACUUUGGGUACCACAUUGGAUUGCACCAAAGGUCCAGCAAAAGUCGAGGACUGUGUUCGGCAAGAGUCUUGUGCCGGUCCUGCAGCUAUGAUCACCUGUCCCGGCAACGUGAAACCUACAGAACCGCCACCACCACCAAACGGAACCCCUGUACUACCUAUCAUCGUUGGAGUUGGGUUUCUUCUGCUGGUGGUCUUUCUGGCAAUUGUAUUUGUACGAAUCUACAUUGUCCGCAGAGCCAAGAGGGCCUCCAAUGCCAUAUCGAGAAUGUUUUCAAAGAGGGAAGAGGAGUUUGAAAGUGGCGACUAUGAGGAUGUAACCAGCAGAGCCAAUGAAAUGGAAGACUUCAGUCUAAGUGGAUUCAGACCUGAGUCCAAAUUCAUCACAGAGGGUGAAGCUCACAGCUCUUCCUCUCUCCCUUACGAUGAUGUUGAUGAAGCCAUUACUGAUGCUCGACCUCUGACCUCUAAGACCGCCUUUGCUGUUGUUUCAGGGGACAUCCCCGAGGACGCUCUUAAUCGAAGAUCAGAUGGCGUGGCCUAUGAGAAUGACGACCCCCAGGACAACUACGAUGACAUUGAAGAAAGCAUUGAGACCAAUCAGACGAGAGCCGAAGUCCAUAUCGGCCACCAUAUCACACCAGGAGACGAUCUACCCCCGCCUCCAGAACUGCUACAGGAGGAUGUCGACUACCUGGUGCCAGGUGAAGAUGGUUGAGCAGGAAUAUCAGCUAAAGUUAACUUUAUCCAGCAGAAGUUAACAACCCCUAACCCAGUCCUUUAUUACAAAAAAAAGUACUCCUAAGAGUCCAGAUAUCCUCUAGACCAGUAUAUCCCAAACUUUUUUACUGGAUAGUAAAUUGUGAUUUCUCUGUUAAUAAUGAAAAGAUCCCAGUAAAAUAUUGGCUACAAAUGAUCCCAUAUCCAUAAAUCUGAAUAUGACCAAUUACAAUUAGGAUUGUUAUUGAGUAGAAUAUUUUUUGUAACUGCUUGACUGCGCUAAAUAUUUUCGUGUGAAUGUUUAUAGAAGUGGACAUUUGUGUCCUUAAAGGCCUUAACAUUAGAAGAAUGCACUGAUACAAGAGGGUUAACCUUAACAGUAAUGUAAUUUUUACUUUUGCCAGCUAUAAAGAAACAACAGUAUUAACUCUUCACAUGAUAACUACUCCUCACAGUAGCUUUAAACAGAUGCAAUAAAAAUAGGAUAGUAGGUAGGUUCUGUUGUCUCUCAGUCAGAAGAUUGUGGGUUUUAAUCUCAGCUCCUGUAGUCACAUGCUGAUGUUUUCUUAGGUAAGACAGUUAACCCCAGUUUGCUUCCAUUGCUGUCAGUGGCGUGUAAAUGCAUAUGGAUUCAAAUUCUGAAAGCCAAUCCUCCAUAACAACCUUUACCAUCAGUGUGUGAAUGUGGUAUGAGGUGUAACCUGUGGUGUAAAAGUGCUUUGAGUGGUCAGACAUAGAAAAGUACUAUAUACAAGCUCAAGUCUAUGUAUAAUUUUAAUACAUUUUUGUACAGUUUAUUGGCAGACAUGAGCUGCGUACACAGGAAAUAUCUUAAUUUUUCUGCUUCAGUGUUAUUUAUUGUGUUCAUCUUAAUUGACCUAUCACUAAGCCCCGCCUCCUUACCGCACUCGGACAAACAAUCAGCAUUCUGCCCAAGAUAGCGUUGGCCAGAAACUGAUAUCUGAACAAUACUAAUACAUUAUAAAGAUGGUACAGUCAGCUAUCAUUAUGAAGCUGAAGCCACUUCUUUUAAGAGGAUUUUCUAAUUUUUUUGUAACAUUAUGUAGCUUAGUUUGCUGUGAGGCAGUUUUAUCCCCAAUAUUAGUGGGAAAUGAACAGGUUAUAUAACAUGUUGCUCUGCAGUAAAUAUAAGCUAACAGUGUGUUGCCUUAUCUUAGACAUGUAGACAUUAUUGUUGAUCUUCUUUAUGUUAAGUUGUGUGGUCUGCCUCAUAGCUUGAUCCAAAGGAGACCCAGCUGUGUUUAUGUGAGGUUUAGGGAAUGAGAUAAAAUGCUCUUCAUUCUGUAGUCUCUCAGGAUACCUCGUAUCAGUGCUGCCUUUAACCCAAUGCACAUUUUUUGACUGUUUCUCCGAGUUUAAAACUGUCUAAAUUUCAAUGAAAUCCCAUGAAAAACAUUUCUAAAGCAUUUCUAAGGUGGUCUAUGAGUUGGAUGUCAGAGUAGCUGUGAGAAAUGUGAUUGGCUUGUGGCCUUGGAGGGUGGGGCUUAGUGAUAGGAGAAUGUAGUUGGUAUUAAAGACAGAUAAAUUUAUGUACAUUUUUUACAAUAUUAUAGUUUUCAUCAAAAUAUUAAAUUAAAUGUCAUUUAUCAAAUACUUGUUUUUUUUCUGUACUGUUGUGAGAGCUGGGCACACAUCAGGUACAUUUGAUUUUCAUUAGCAUCAUUCUACCUACUUGAGGGGAAAGAAAGAAAGGAGCUGGUGCAACUAUUAAUGUGUGUUUGGUUUACCCUGACACUUUUUUAGCUAGAGGAAGUUUUUAAGAACUUUUCUAAAACAUGAGUUAACAUCGCUAAAUUAUUAACAUAAUAAAAUGAUACCAAAGUCGUGUCUACAUACGGAGUAACCAUUAAGAAGGUCGAUUGUCUUAUAAAUUGUGCCCACCUCUGACCACAAUUAUUGUACUGUACAAACAAAUAGUUAUUGUUUGCUUGGAUUUUUUAAAAUUUGCUUAGUUUGUUUCACAGUCACAUGUGCUUUUUGUUGUUGUCAAUGCAAAUAUGACGGCUUCAGCUGUCACAUAUUUAUGAUGUAUAUUUAGGUCUAUAGGCUGUUGUAUGAUAUGACAAAUACUGCCAAUUUGUUGGUGCUACCAUUUUGCUGGGUCACUAUGACUGGAGUGUCAAUUGUAAUGUCUACUGCCACCCACUGAUUAACAGCAGGGAAGAGGUGGUUGGCUGUCCAACAUUAGACAGCUACUGAUUUAAGUACCAUCAUUGGAUUAUUUUAUCUACAGUUAUAUUAACAAAGUAGACAUCACUGACCUUGGGACAAACUUUGGUCUCCUUGUCAUUGAAGUCUAGUCAAAAUAAAAUAACAUCAAAAGCAGGGCCGCCCUCAAAAUGAGGCCCUUAGCCAGGGGUGUCCAAACUUUUUUCACUGAGGGCCACAUACAGAAAUAUAUAAGGAUGUUGGGGCCACUUUAAUUUUGACAUUGAUUUAGUCAGAAGCAGAAUAAAGGAGAAGCUGGGCUGGAGGAGGGUUGCAUUAGAGGUUUGCAGAGAGAGCAGCAGAGCGUGGCCAGGUAAGAGCAGUUUAGAUAAGGCAGCAUGAGAGCAACUGGCCAAUCCUUAGAGAAAACCAGCUGACUGUCAGCUGAUGAAGGUUUGCAUUACAUUAACUUGACUCUGUGGCCUGCCUGAACUAAUGCUAAAUGCUCAAUUUAAUGGCUGACUAGGCAAAUACACAAUCAGUUCCAGGUUUUUGGGGAUACCAAUCAGAUUUCAGGGGGUGCUGUUUGGACCAAGAUGCCACUGGCUCAACCCCUGAAAUAUUAUUGGUACUGAUAUCACAAAAAAAUACAAAAAAAUUUCAAUACAUUUUUCCUGCUGAGAUGUGUGUUUACGAAAUUAGCAUGGUAGCGGUGCAUAGUGCUGCAACUAUGAAGUACAAUACAGGCAAGCACAAGCGACAUGUUCAAAUGUCGGCCAUAAUUCAGUUUAUACCUAGAAUUUGCUGCGGGCCAAUCAAAAUUGGACUGUGGACUGCAUUUGGCCCUCCGGGCCAUAGUUUGGACACCCCUGCCAUAAGCAGACUCUGGUAUAAAGCCCCCCUUCACUGCAUGGGACCAAUAAAACAUAAAAACAAUUUAUAAUUUAGCCUGAGAUAGUGUUUGUAUUCUGUCUGAUGUGCAGAGAGAAUAAGUAACAAAGGAAACUUAACUGUAAGAUUUGUCUUGUACUUAAAACGCUGUACAGUAAUGCAUGCUCAUCAUCUUGAUCUUCACUUUUGUAACAAUGUAGAGGAA